AUGUUGGUCAGAGGCGGGGAACGAGAACGUGAGCUGUAUGGGCCCAAGAAGAGAGGACCUAAGCCUAAAACUUUUCUCCUGAAGGCUCGGGCCCAAGCGGAGGCCCUCCACAUUGGGGAUGUACACUUUUCUGUCAAGCCUGGCUCCAGCACCUCAUCUCCUAAGCUUCACUCCAGCGCUGCGGUGCACCGGCUCAAGAAAGAUAUCCGGCGAUGCCAUCGCAUGUCCCGGCGCCCUCUGCCCCGUCCAGACCCCCAGAAUGGUGGAAGCGUGGGUGGUGGGGCCGGCAUCCGUCCUCCAGUCUCACCCUUUUCUGAGACCGUCCGCAUCAUCAACCGCAAGGUGAAGCCCCGUGAGCCCAAGCGCAGCCGCAUCAUCCUCAACCUCAAAGUCAUUGACAAAGGUGGGAAGCCUGCCAAUGGGGCCGGAGGCCUGGCUCGGCCCAAGAUCCCUUCCCGAAACCGUGUCAUUGGCAAGAGCAAAAAGUUCAGUGAGAGCGUUCUCCGCACCCAGAUCCGCCACAUGAAGUUUGGCGCCUUUUCGCUCUACAAUAAGCCGUCCACUGCACCUGCCCCCUCUCUGGAGGGCAAAGGGGAGGCUGAAGGUUCCCAAGCAGCCUCCUGUGGGCUCAUUAUGGGCUCCACCGCUUACGAUGCCCCCAGCUCCAGCUCCUCCGGCUGCCCCUCACCUGCCCCCCACUCCUCAUCUGAUCCAGAUGAUUCCCCUCCAAAGCUGCUUCCUGAGACCCUCAGCCCAGCCAUCCCUGACUGGCGCGAGUCGGAGGUCCUCGACCUCUCUAUCCCUCCUGAGUCAGCUGCCACCAGCAAGCGUUCCCCUCAAGGCGGGUGUGGUGAGGGGCAGACACCUUCCUUGUCCAUUUCCUCUUCCGACCCGGAGCAGGAGACCGGCGAUUGGCGUCCUGAGAUGUCCCCUUGCUCUAAUGUGGUGGUCACAGAUGUCACCAGCAACCUCCUCACAGUCACCAUCAAGGAGUUCUGCAACGCGGAGGAUUUUGAGAAAGUGGCGGCAGGGGGGGGGGGGGGGCAGAAAGGGCCCAGCCACGUCCCCCUGCUCUGGGAGCGUGGGGGGAGCUCUACCUGUGAGAAGUUGUGGUGUGAAUGGCUGUCGUUAGUUUUCUCCUUCUCCCCUUUGCUGUCCCUCUGCCCUCACCACCACCCUUCCUCCUCCUUUCUUCCUGCCCACUCCCUCUUGCUCGGAGGCUGUGGCCUUGCAGUGGGGGGAGCAGGGGCAUCUGAUGUUCCUGGGUGUCACUGCUGCUGGGGGUAGAUGGGAGGGUUGUGGUGGGGCUGGAGAGCGGUUGUUUGUCCUUGAAUGUGGUGUUGUCCAACUGGCCAUGGAGCCUUUGGGGAUGAGGGGUCAGUGAAUGUGUGUGCAUGCAGGGAUGGCAGGGAAGGUGCUCUUCCCUUCCUUCCCCUUCUAUCUUUUGACUGAAAGUGAAGAGGAGCUCCAGACCCUUGAGAGGGGGGUAUAAGAGGAUUGGAGCCUUCACUUCCUGCCCCCAGGCCUUCUCCAACAACGUGCAUGCAGUCUCUUCCGUUCCUCUUGUUUUUCCAGCUGCCAUGACUUUGAUCCUACCGUCUUCCCCCUUCUUGGCUUGUGGCCUGGAUCUGUCAACUCAUAUGCUGCAGUCAUGGCAAUGGCAGAUCCAGAGGCCCCCAGAGCAAUGGGGAGAGGGGCAGGUGAAGCGUCAUGCCUGGAAGGUGCUUGUGACAAAGCUGGGAUGGUUGGGGGGUGCCCAAUGCAGCAUAUGCCCCACACUGGCUUCCCUUUUAGCUAUUGGUGCUACCUUGGCAGUUGUAUGGGCGCUUUCAUGUGGCCUGGUCCCUCCUCUUUGCAUCUUCCAACCUGCUCAGCUUUGCAGGGAGAAGGGAGGAAAAGGGGAGUCUGCUUCUGGCCCAGAUCUUCCUCCUCAUGUUCAUUACUUGCACUUGCCUGGAGGAGAGGGCAUUAAAUGCCCUUCCUCAGCUUUUCCAUGGUGGAAGUGGGAGUUGCCUGCACGUCCAUCCUUCAGUUUGGGAGAAGAUAAGCUGAUGGUGUGAUGCUGUUCCAGCUGGGUGAGGCUGAUCUGCAUUGCAUGUAAGCUUCCCUUGAGCCUUUUUGUCCGUCCCCCCCCCAACCCUGCUCCCUCAGAGGGAGGGAAGGAUGGAUGCUAACGCAAGUUGUCUGUUCUUCCUGCUUCCUUUCAUCUCUCUCCUGUUCUCCUUUCCCUUUUGUGGAUGGCCUGGAAGAUGGUUCCCCUUAGCCUUUUCAGGAUCUGAAAUGGCCCUUACAACUGUCAACCAAAGGUGCUAAUAAGAAAUAACUGUCUCUUUCACAUCAUACGCAUGUGUGUUAAUUCCUCCCCUUGCCCUCUAUUCCAGAAAUCUUCACCCCUUGUGAGUGGGAGCAAG